UUUUGUUAGACUUGUUUAUAGUUUGGUUAAUUUCAAUCGGAUUUUAGUUAUUUCAUUGAUAUGUUAAUGAUGGGAUCGGGGUUUUUUUUUUUUUUUUUUUUCCAAGGGAUAUAUUGUUUGAGUUUUACUUGGUUAUAAUUUUGAUCUGAAAAUCGAAAUAUGAUAUUUAGAUUUAGUUAUAUCAAUGGAAUCAUUAGGGCUUACAUAGAGUUGGGAUUUUUGUUUUCUUGUUACAGGUUAGAGAAAUUCUGCUGCUCUGCUUAUUAAGGGAAAUUUUCAAAAAUAUACAGCCCAACAUAAAAUAUUACGCCCCGUAGCCAUAUUUUCAGUUUAUACAAUAUUAUACCUGGGGGAAAGCAUUAUACAUAAUGUAUCAACCUUGUAUAAAAGGUGUUUAUACACAAAUAUGAGCUAAACCGGGUAACAAAUUCAAGAUACGGGCUAAAGCGUAUGGAUGAAUUGAAAAUAGAGGAUUGCUGUACUGAGAAUAAGCAAUCUACGGCUGCUUCAGCUUCUUCGGUUUCUGAAAAUAGUGGCAGUUUAACUGUAAAGUCAUCAGAAGUAUGCAGCCCGACACCUACAUCGCCAGCUCAUCGAAGAACCACUGGUCCAAUUAGACGAGCAAAGGGUGGUUGGACUCCUGAGGAGGAUGAUACUUUGAGAAGGGCUGUUGCAGCUUACAGGGGGAAGUGCUGGAAGAAAAUAGCUGAAUUCUUUCCGGAUAGAUCUGAAGUGCAAUGCCUGCAUCGAUGGCAAAAGGUUCUGAAUCCAGAACUUGUAAAAGGACCUUGGAUUCCAGAGGAGGAUGAAAAGAUCAUUGAACUGGUGGCUAAGUAUGGGCCUACAAAAUGGUCUGUCAUAGCCAAAUCAUUGCCUGGUCGGAUAGGGAAGCAAUGUCGUGAGAGGUGGCACAAUCAUUUGAAUCCAAAUAUUAAAAAAGAUGCCUGGACAUUGGAGGAGGAACUAGCACUUGUAAAUGCUCAUCGGAUACAUGGGAACAAGUGGGCUGAAAUAGCUAAGGUCCUACAUGGAAGGACUGAUAAUGCUAUCAAGAACCAUUGGAAUAGCUCUUUGAAGAAGAAAUUAGACUUCUAUUUGGCUACUGGAAAUCUUCCACCUGUUGGUGGAGAUGGCCUUCAAAAUGGUUGUAAGGACACCACCGGUACACUUUUAGCUGAAAAGGCUCUUGUUUGCUCACAUAAAGGAUCAGAUUCAACUGAGCUUGCUUCAUCGGGAACUACCGAUGUAUGUAAAAUAGAAAACAGUAAGAAUCAUCAAGAUGCCAAACUGCUGGUUGCAAAUAUCAAUGCUUCCAAUAGGGGUCCUCAAAAUGAGUCUGCUGAUUCCGAAGUUGUUAGAUGGAAGGCACAGUCACCAGUAAUAGAUGCUAUCCACGUUAAACCAAUUACAGAAAUCAGUUUUGAGGGAUAUGGAACGAAUAGUGAAGCUGAUCAAUUUAAAGUCAUCGAAACUCCAUUUUCUUGUGAAAUACCUACAUGCGGUACAUUGUAUUACGAACCCCCACAGUUAGGAAGUUGUAUUUCAAUGGAUUCAGAUCAUCUAAAUAAUCGAUGGGCUCAUUGUGAAUCUGAUUCCAGUCGAAUUUUGUCACCUAGUUGUUUCUUUACUCCACCCAGUAGUCUGAAGGGAAGUAGUUUGUAUGCACAAACCCCUGAAUCCAUACUGAAAACUGCUGCUAGAAGCUUCCCAAAUACGCCUUCCAUAUUCAGGAAGAGGAAGUUGAGCUCCACGCCAGGUAAUGAAAUUGGGAAUGCAGAUGGAGAUAUGAGUAAGGAUGAAGUGCGUGAUGUUUGUGAUGAGAAACAAACCAACAGUUCAGAAAAAUAUGGUAUGAAUAGAGGAAGUUCUUCAAGAAAUCCUGUUUACAAUGGCAUUGGGCCAUGCAAUACCAAGGCUUUUAAUGCCUCUCCUCCAUAUCAAGUAAGGUCUAAACGAAAAUCCAUCUUCAAGUCUGUGGAGAAACAGCUUAAGUUUGCAUUCGACAAUGAACAGCACAAUACUAGUACCGGAAUAAAUGAUUCAACUGUCAAAGAGAUAUCUCAUGUAGCAGAUUGUUUAAGUGCAACAAAAAUGGGUAUCACCUAGAACCCUAUGGAUUACUGCUGGAAUCAGUGUUUUAACCCUGGCCCCGCAGGUGGUUUUUUUUGUAAAACGUCAUCAAUUUCCAGAAGAAUUGACCUUGCAUAUAUUCAUUUGUUUUAGGUUCGUUUAGAUUUUUCUUCUACACCAAUUAUUUGUAGGUCCUUGGCCAUUCAUUAUGCAUAGAUAUUAUAGCAGUGAGUACAAUUAAACUUGAAGAUAAGUUGCAAUCUAUUAGUAUAGAAACUCCCUUAAAUACAUACGACAUUAGAAAAGUUCUGUCGAAAAUAGUUACUUGUUCAAUAUGAUCAAUUGUUUUGUUAUGUAGUAUCUUUGCAGUUAAUACCAGUAAUAAGGUAAAACUAUCAAGUUUUCCGGACUCAAAUGGUGGAUCUUACA